AUGAUUUCUGGUAAUACCAAUAACAAUAAUAAUAAUAAUUCAAAUAGAAAUACAUUUACUGAUGUAGAUGACGAUGAAGAAUUAUCAAGUUUGAGGACAGUUUCUAGCACAAAUUCAAGCCUUAAUACAUCAAGUAGCAAUACGAGUGGAGGAAGUUUAAAAAGUGAAAAUUACUCUCAUCGACACAAUUCAUUGAAGAUUAACACUAAUCAACAACAACAACAAUCGGGUUUUGCUAGAACAUCAUCCUCACCAGGUUUAUCACAAUUAGGGAAAAUUAAAUCGGAACAAGAAAGAGGAUUAUCACCACAUCGUUCUAAUAGCUUUUCAGGAGGAGGAGAACAACGAAUUACUUUUGAUAGGAGAGGAAAUAUACAAAACGACCAUAUUGAUAUUGAAUCUAAGGACGGUUCUAAAUUCAGAUACAAAAUACAUAGGAAUAGCUUGACGGACAAGUUAUCAGGUCUAAACCAACUACUUCAAAAUUAUAAUAACAAUGGUAAUAGUGGCAUAAACUCUGAUUCAAAUUCUCCAACCACUCUAACAAGUGGAGAAGUAUUGUCACCAACAACAAUAACAGGAAGGAGACUAUCUACAAGCACUAAUAUGAACUCGUCUUCCCUUAGUAACUAUACUACUAACAACAACACCAAUAAUGGAGCAAGUUUGUUGACACAGAGCAUUAAAAACUCAUCAUCCAAUAAUGAACAAAGUUAUAAUAGUAAUCAAUCGACAGAAAAUGAUGAACUCGAUUCACCAAAUCUCUCAGAACAUGGCUCCCUCUCUUCAAGUCCUUCAGUUUCUGUGAAUGAAUUGCAGGAAAGAAUUUCAGUUUUAACAGCUGCCCUUUUAACAGCAAAUCAGAAAUUGGAAGAUUUUCAAAACAGCAUGGAAAAGUCCAUGUCUAAACAAUCCGAAUUGAAGAAUUAUUAUCAAAAUUUUGUGAAAAAUCUCACCAAACAACACAAUCAAAAAUUGGAGGAUUAUCAAUUGAGAAUUAAAGAGUUGGAAAACGAGAAGAAACAACUUCGCAAAGAGGUAGCAGAAUCGACAAAUGAUGUAUCAAUAAUAGAGUCAAUUGUGAUAGAAAAACCAGAAGCAAAAGAAUUUAGUCAGGUGUUUGUGCAAACUGAUGCUUGUCAGGUUGUAAAUUCAAAUCUCGAUUUACUGUCAUUCUCAAAGAAUGCUCUUGAAGUUUGUCGAUCCACUAAAAGUGAUUUGGAGUUGAUGAAAACUCAUGUUAUGAAUUUAAUCCCAAGUGACAUGCUUCAAAAGUUGUCAACAAUAAUCAUACGGAAAACAGCUGAAAAACUUGACAUUCCAACAGUGACAAACUUUUUCCAGAAAAAGAUUCAAUUCCAAGAGGAUAGAUUUGCUCAACUGAAUACUCUAUAUGUGCAUGAGCAACAAGUAAGAAAGUUAUUACAAAAUCAAUUAAUAGAAGAACGAGGAAAUCUCAGAGUGUGUUGUAGAAUUAGACCAAUGUGGGUUCUGGAAUCAGAAAAAAACAUGGCUCACAAUUCAUACCGUGUGAAAAGUUGUAUUUCUCAAGAAAAGACCACAGAUUCAGUGGUGGCAAUAUCUAGGAUGGGAAGAAAUAGAUCCUUCGAGUUGGAUCAAGUCUAUGGAAUGGAGAGCACCCAGGAUGGUAUCUUUUCCGAUAUAAGACCAUUAGUAAGCUCGGCUUUUGAUGGAUUCAAUACGUGUUUAAUGGUUUUUGGUGAAACAGGUUCAGGGAAAACAUUUACAAUGAAUGGUUCAUUGGUUGAGCCUGGAAUUGUACCAAGAUCUAUUACAGAGCUUUAUCGAAUAAUGGAAGUGAACCAAUGUUACUAUAAUGCUAAUUUAAGAUUGAGUAUUGCAGAAGUUUACAAUAAUGAAUUGAGAGACCUUAUCAAUCCAGAGAAAGAGUACAAAUCAUCAAACGAUUUGAACUAUGUAAAGGUAGAAAGUGAGGAACAAUUGAGGCAAAUAAUUAAGGACUGCAUUGUAAAGAGAACUGAAAGCAAGACUCUGAUGAAUUCAAAUAGUAGUCGAUCUCAUUGCAUUAUUUCGGUGGAAAUUGAAAAGCGAGUUAUACCGAAAAAGAAGGAGAAUGCAAGUCAACUCUUUGAAGAAUUAUUGGGAAUGAAAACCAAUAACCAACAAGACUUCUUUGAUGAACUUCUUUCACCUCAACAAGUGAACACUAAAUCUGUGUUGAGAUUUGUAGAUUUAGCAGGAAGUGAAAAUGUGGAAAUGAGUGGGGUAGCUGGAGAUCAAUUGACUGAAACUUCAUUCGUUAAUAAGAGUUUAUCAGCUCUUGAAGAUGUAAUAGUAGCCUUGGCAUCAAAACAAAAGCAUGUUCCAUUUAGAAAUUCUAGGUUAACUCAUGUUCUGAAAGACUCACUUUCUGGUGAUAGUAAGAUUUUGAUCAUUGUUACUGUAUCUCCUCAAGAACGAUUUGGUGCAGAAACAGUUCAUGCAUUGAGCUUCGCUGAAAGAGUAAAAUCAAUCAAGAAGAAGAAGGCAACUAGGCAAACCAUUAUGUAA